GUACUAGUGAAAUAUUGGUGUAUAGUUCACCAAGUUGUAGCUGCAUUGGGAUGCACUUUGCAACACUUGUGGAAAUGCCACACAAACCUAUACACCCUAAGUGUCUUGGUCUCAUCAACUCUUUCUCGUCAGCCUGUCCAUUGUAAGAUUUAUUAAAGGUAGGUUCACGUUAGGGUCAGUGUGCUCAAGAGUGUGCAUAGCACUCAUUGAGACAGAAACCGAUCACUUUAUGGCGUCCGGUCCCAUCUGCGUCAAUGCAAACGAAUCGCCGUUGAGUCUGGCUGCUGAUGAAGUGAUGACUAGCUUCGCCUGACGCAGUAAACAUUACCACAUUUGAUAAGUCGAUGCUUUUAUAUUGGACUUUUCCUGUAAAUGCCAUCCUUGAUUUAUAGUGACUGGUAAAACCUCUUGGCUUUCAGUUGUAAUACUUUAGCGUAUUUUCUUGACGGGCAAAUCAGUGACAAAUGUCUCUUAUAUUGGACUGACGUGAGCUCUCGCAGGGACCGACUGCUUUCUAACCAGAUAAUUCCCAGAUGUCAGUCACUUCUAUGAGUGCGUUAUUAUGAAAACCAUUCUUCCUGUGUGUGAGCUGCUGUAGACCAGCAAUAUCAACGCAGUAUUGUUACUGGUCGAAUAUCUAGCUCUUAAGUAUCGAAUGUCAUUUCUCAGACUGUUUGUGACUGACUGUACUGAUUUUGUGGCUUGCAGAGAAAAUCUGGACUUUUCUAGGCAACUUGAUGUUCACCAAAACUGAAGGGAUUUGAAUCCUUUGGGAACCACAUAGCAACAAGCCACAGCGACUCUCUGGCAUUGUGUUGAUGAUGCCAUCAGAGGUCUUUGUUCCAGGUUGGCUGCAGCAGCUGCUGGUCGUGCUGCUCAGGUUUGCUCUGUCCUGUGCAGCCCCGGUGAACCUGACCAAUGGGACGGAGUGCAGCGCUCGGGGACCCGCCUCUUACAUCCUGGUGUUCACCGGCCACUGGAGUCCACAGACCUUCCCCAAACAGUACCCCUUAUUCCGACCACCUGCUCAGUGGUCCAAACUCAUGGCUGUGACCCAUAAUGAGCAGUACCGGAUGUGGCAGGAGGGGGCUGCGAGCGAUGGCAUGAAGAGCUUCGCCGAGCAGGGACUCACGGUGGAUCUGGUGAAGGAUGCCAAGGAGGCGAGGAAGAGGCGAGCGGUGGGCUCCAUGUACCGCACAGCCGGGAUCCCCUCAGGCAUCGGCCACAGCUCCACAGAGCUGCUCCUGACGCCCAGGACCCCGCUGCUGUCUCUCGUAGUGAAAGCGAUCCCCAGUCCGGACUGGUUUGUGGGGGUGGAGAGUCUGAACCUGUGUGAGGGCGGGCAGUGGAAACAGGAAGUGACUUUUGACUUGCACCCAUUUGAUGCUGGUACAGAUAGCGGCUUCACUUUCUCCUCGCCAAACUUUCCAACGACGCCUCCAGAAAAUAUCACUAUGAUCACCUCCCAGAAGCCAAACCACCCGGCGAAUUCCUUCUAUUACCCUCGGCUAACCGAACUCCCGCCUCUGGCCACCGUCUGGGUGAAGCGACAGGGCCGCACUCCCGUCCGUCAACACAACCGAGUGUCCAAUCACAUCCUGCCCGACACAACCAAACCCAACAGAUUCUCAGAAACGCCGCUGGACUGCGAGGUGUCCAUGUGGUCCUCCUGGGGCCUGUGUCUGGGGCCGUGCUCUCGGGGCGGCCUGCGCCAUCGCACCCGGUACAUCCUGCUCAAACCCGCCAACAGCGGCACGCCGUGCCCCGAGCUGGAGGAGCAGGAGGAGUGCGCGCCGCACAACUGCCUGGCGUAUCAGUGACGCCGCUCGCGCCGCUGCCAUAGACACUUGGACGCUGUCCGAGCGGGGAGCCCAGUUUAACCUCACGCCAAUGCCGAGUCACUGCCGCAGAACGUGGGCGAGCCGCCCGGCUGGACGUCCGGUGAAGCUGCAUCGGCUCGUAUCCUGUUCAUAGAGACUUUGAUUAUGGGGGCCGCGUUCGCAGUAAUCUCAGUGUAUCUUUGCGUAAUCGCACACUAUUUUGCCGAUAUAGAUUUGUGGAAUAGACCAGGCGCAGUUGCCCGACCACUGCUUUUUAACAUAACUGCACGAGUUAUCGUAAGCCUCCUUUCUGAUCCCACAACAAAUAGCGAUUGAGUGAUUUGACAGACGGUGCGCUAGAAAGUUAACAGUUGAAGACACCCCCGUCACAUACAGGCCUUAUGAAAUCCAAAAUGCAGUACGAAUACGGUUUACAAUAUUAAAAGUAACUGCCAUAUGUCAUUUAUCGAACAAGGGACCGUUCAGAUGUUGC